CUACCAUACUACAUAUUAUGUUGAGAAUCCUUCUGUCAAAUUCGAGAAGAUUCGUUGUUGGUAUAUAAGAUAGGAAUUCGCAUACCGGCCGGCAGUUUGUCUUUCUCAAAUUCGACUUAAAUUUUUGGAUAGUAAGUUCGUGUUUUUUCACCAAAAUGUCUCUCAUUCCACUGAUGUUCGGUGAUUUUGAACCGAUGUGCCGCCCAUCCAGAAUCCUGGAACAACAUUUCGGCCUGGGCCUGGACCAGGACGACCUUUUCCAACCAUUAAACCUGAACAACAAAAUGUUAACCAGAACUCCUGCGGGUUAUCUAAGGAACUGGCGCCCCAACGCUGCUAAUUUGGAUUCUGGAUCUACUGUUCAUUUUGACAAGGAUAAAUUCCAGGCCAAUUUGGAUGUGCAGCAGUUCAAGCCAGAAGAAAUCACUGUAAAGGUCACAGGGGACAAUGUUCUUACUGUCGAAGGCAAGCAUGAGGAGAAGCAAGAUCAGCAUGGUUAUGUAUCUAGGCAUUUUGUAAGAAGAUAUGUACUUCCCAAGAACUGCCAGAUGGAUAAAAUUGAGUCUAAACUCUCUAGUGAUGGGGUUUUAACCAUCACUGCUCCCACUGUCGAGAAGAUGGAGAUUGAGCACAAAUCGAUUCCCAUUACACAGACUGGAGAGCCUGCCAAACAGCAGAAAGCUGUUGAACAAAAAAAAUAAAAUGUGCUUAUUUUUUGAUCAUUAUUUCAUUUUCUUUUCAAUUAUUUGCAUUUAGGUGUAUUAAUGCUUUCAUUAUGUUUUUUUAAGCUUUUAUAAACUCACUUUGUCAUUUUUAAUAAUAAAUAAAUGUGUUUUUUUCUUCUUU